AUCUUCACGUAUCCAACCAUUAGCUCGAUGUCUGGAGUAAUUUCGCCGACUAACUUAUCUCUAUUCUCGUCUCCUGUUUCGGUAACGAGACCGGUAGCAACACAAAGAUCGGUCACUAAUAUUCCACCACGUUGGAAUACUGCGCCAUUCAUCAAUUUGGAAGACGAUUAUAACAUGAUUGCACCGAUCAUCACUGGAACAAGCAGUGAGCCAUCAGCCACUAUAGAAGAAGAACGAUAUUUUCAUCCUGUGCAUACGAGUGGCGUGGUAGAUAAAAAUGACAGUGGUAAUUUAAUAAGUAAUGACCUUGGAGUAAACACAGAUUCAUCACAUCAUCACCAACAGCAGCAGCAGCAUCCGCAGCAACAACAGCAGCAACAGCAGCAGCAGCAGCAGCAGCAGCAAGUACAGCAACAACAAUCAUCUUCGCAACAGCAACAAAUAAUAGCAGAUAAAUGCAGCGGGUCCAAGUCUCCUCCGUGACAGUGGAGUCGAAGAAUGGAAAAUCUUGAAAAACUCACGAACUCGCCGUGUUUGUUAGAACGAUCGAUAAUUAGUAUUACAUAUAAUAAUUGCCGAAGUUACAUCCGAAGUCGAGUUCGAGAGCAAUUGUCAGGAAACUAUGCCUCAUAUUCAAUUGUGUAAUUUAAACUUACGAAGAAUAGAAUGCUUAAAAGUUCGAUCUUAAUUUAUUACAAAAUAAGAGAAUGAGAAGAAUGCUUUUCAAGAAAUGCAACUAAGA